GGCCGUAAUAUCUAGCCCCGGCUCGUGACGAACUAGUAUACAAUCCACGAGCUUCAACCCUAAAAUCUUACCACUCGGCCCAUGUAACUAUAGCCAUAGGUCUAGCCUUCCCCACAAGAGAGGUGAUCCAACAUCACGACAUGGAGGACUCCAUCUUCAAACUUGAUCACCUUCAAUAAGCAUGCAUGCAUAUAUGCAUGGACAAUAUUAAUGAAGCAGACAUGUGAAUCCGAACUCAAGCGGAGCUUUAUGAUCGGCGUGAUUAUCGGCACCUUUGCAAGAGGGGGAGAGAGGUCCUAGUUAGGGUUGCUCCGAUGAGGACGAGACUCAAGAUAAUGUCCUGUCGGUUAACAUUCGUCAUUGACGGACAAAUGGGCCCAUGAUUCUGCGGUUUAUCAUCAUGCAUUCUUUUCGGGCUUGAGCCCCCAGAGAAAUCAGAACUUAAGACUUUACACCCAGCCCAUCCUCCUUUUCAACUUUGUCUUAUACAAUUCUUCAUGUCCUAGAAUCUUUAGUCCUAAAGCCUAUCCAUAUCGAAGAUGGGUUUCAAGUCAAAGGAAACAACGUAUGAGCCACUGGUCUCAGAUGAGGCGCGGUUCUCACAGAGUUCUGAUAGCCUCGAGAACCAAGAGGGCAAGCCUAUGUUGAGGCGAAGCUUCCAGAGAUCUUCUCGUCUCGGCUCUUGGGCCAAAGCAAGCGGCACAGCUCUAGCAGUUCUCAACACUCUUCUUUUAAUAAGUAUUAUUGUCGUACUAUCGCUUUCACAACACGAGAAGGAAUGCUCGGAAGUCCAGUGUGCUGCUAAGACCUCAUACUAUUCCCCGCUUCUAGAAAAGGACUCCGGUGCUAUCGAGUAUGAAACUCGCAGGUUUCAAGGCGCUCUUGAACACCACAGCAUCUAUAAGGGGACACCUAAUAAGGAGCUUGAUGCAGCAUGGGUAGAGCUCACGCACAUGAACAAUUCUGGUGUAAGUGGUGAGGUCAUAGACCGCAUCGGAAAGUCGCGUAUUGCCGUAAAGUACCCCGAGUCUCAGGGCGGGCAAUAUGAUGUCGGCAUCGAGGUCUUCCACCAUAUGCACUGUCUGAACAUCAUCCGCCAGUACACCUAUAAAGAAUACUAUUUUCGCGCUGAGAAUCGGCCACUAAGUUUCACUGAUACUGAGCCCAUCAUUCGCGCUCAUCUAGACCACUGCAUUGAGAUGCUACGUGAAGCUCUGCUGUGCCACGGCGAUGUUGGUAUCAUUACCUACAACUGGGUUCAUCCAUGGGGAAUUUACCCCGACUUUAGCACCCAACACAAGUGCCGCAGACUCGACAAGAUUGUUGCUUGGGCUAAUAAGCAUGCAUUGCCAGUAGAGGACCCUGAGCCUGAUGAGAACACAGUAUGGCUCAAAGGACCACCUCAGUGAUAGGCCAUUCUAAAUUAUACUUACUCAACAAAUUGUAGGGGGAUAUCAUGAAAUACAAGGGACUUGACUUGUCAAAUGUGAACUAUCUAGGCUUAGAUCAUGGAUAUUUAAGAUGAUGGGGUUAUGAGAUAGCAC